UUCCAAGACGGCAGGCGGCCACGGCUUGUUUUGGUUAACGAGCAGCGACUCCGGUGUUGUCUCGACCGCACGCAAACACCUGUUUCACGUGAAAGAUCAAUUGCCUCUACCGUUUUGUGCACUCGCCUCCCUAUCUCGGCAUUACCGCCUUGUCAGUGUAUACAGCUCAUUCUGGCCGUCAAGACUGAUACCAGUCACCAUGUCGAUCCUCCUACGCACUGCGCAGGAUGUCGUGGUUGCUGUCGGCACCACAGUCGAGCACACUGCUAAUCGCCUGCUUCCACCGAAGCAGCGCGAGCGUGCACUUGAAACUCUCCGCGCUUUCUCUGUGCGCAACCCUAAGCUUGCUUCGUUCCUUGCCGUGCAGACUGCCCUAGCUGGUCUCCCUGUCCUUCUAUUCCUCGUCUUCGCCGUUGCGACCCUCGUCAUCUCGCUCAUCACCUGCCUGUUUCUUGGCAUCAUCGCCGCCCUCGCAUUCACGCUCUUCACUACUGGGUUCGCCCUCCUCUUCGUGGUCCCUGUAGUUUUCAUUGGUAGCUGCACUGCCACUAUCGUCUUCCUGUGGUGUCUCGCUGGAUACCUGUUAGUGCAGCGACUCAAUGGUGGUGAGACGCCAGUCCACACCGCAACAACCGUUAGUGAUACGCUGAAUGGGCUAACGAGCGGAAGACUACACGAUCUAGCUGAUCGGGGAGAUUCGGACCUGCCGCAAGAAUGCCUGGCGGUGGAUUCGUCGAGUGACGAGAAAGUAUCCAUGGGGCGCGAGAGUGGGCGUAGAGAUCGCGAGACACGUAGUAGUCCACCACGUCGACGACAUCACGGGCAUACCAACGGGUCUGGUCACAGCAGAGAUGUUGUAGGAGAUGGUCAAGAGGGUGGAGCGCAACAUACUGAGCUUGGAUUGAGAGACAAUACCCACGCAGCGCGAGAUUGUUCUGAUGCUUACUUGGUCUCCUACGAACCUAGGGUGAGGAGUCAGGCCGACUGGAAGGCAGAAUUCCAGCAAACAGGCAUGUCUACAUGAGCUACAUUCCUAAAGAACACAGAAUGUAAUUGAGUUUAACGAUUAACGGAUUACAUGUGACUGCG